UGCCAUUUAAUUUAUUUUAAAACUUUCAGAUCUUUUAUCACCGCAAAUAUGCCUAUUUAUACAUAUAAUGUGAAGGGAGACCGGAUUGCAGAUUAUCCAUAUAUUCAGGAUGACUGCUAUUAUGGUGGAUAUGUGGAAGACGCCUCAGACUCUCAGGCCUUCCUCUCUACCUGCUUUGGGCUUUGGGGACAUGUGCAAAUUGGGACUUUAUGCUAUGAAAUUGAACCUAUUGAGAAUUCUUCCACAUUUCAACACCUUAUUUAUCGAAAGACUCCAGAGCACCUUGAACCGUGCAGAGGAAUAAUUGAAGAUGGAACAUAUUUAGGAAGUGAAGCUGGAGAAAUAAGAAUAAUUGACAGUGAUGGCCCAAUUCCUUCUGCUAUGGGACUAGGUGAUCUUGAAUAUGACCCGCCUAUCAGAUAUCUAGAAUAUUAUGCUGUUGUUGACAAAAGCACGUUUAUUCUCAAUCAUCGCAAUGAAACCCAGUUAGUGUUGAUAAUGCUUCGUAUGAUCUCUGAUGUUCACAGUAUAUACUUGCCAUUGGGUCUUCACCUUUAUUUGGUAGGAUUGGAGUUGUGGACAGAAAGAGACUACAUAACAAUUGGUACUGAGAAUAUUAGUGUGACUUUAGCUGCAUUUCACCAAUAUGCCAUCACUGAGCUUCAACAAAAUGUGCAUUUUGAUCAUUCAGGAAUAAUUACGGCUAAAGGGUUUCCUGCUGGACUUUCUUGGGGGGACCGGUUUUGUCUUUACACUCUAGUUUCAGUGUCUGCUAUUCAUACGUACAGAAAUCCUAAAGUUGAUGCUGAAACAAUUGCGCAUGUGUUGGGUCAUUCUCUUGGCUUUGGCCAUGAUGACACACCCUUAAACCAAGCUCAGGGCUGUGACUGUAAUUGCACCAACCCUGGCAGGUGUAUAAUGGCAGCAACCGGCAAUCCAACAUGUUCCAGGCUGAGUAACUGUAGCAGGAAGGUAUAUUAUGAUGCAAUAAGAAAACCAGGAAAAGAAUGUCUUAUUGACAUACCUAGCAGCCUAAUUAGCAGAAAGAAGUGUGGAAAUGGUGUCAUUGAGGAUGACGAAGAGUGUGACUGCGGCCAUGAUGAGGAACUAGAAGAGGCAGGGAUCCUGAAUUUAUUUCUGCAGCCAAUUACAAAACUUUCAGGAGCCAAGAUACAGUCUCAGUUUUUUAGACAGUGGAUGCAAAGAUCAGAGAACCAAUAUUUGUUUGCUGAUGACUCACGGUCUAAACUUAUGUCUGAAGAGGGUGAAUCAGGGAUCAUCAAUUCAUUAACGGAUAGCAGCUUUCCAGAAUUCCAAGGGCCCAGUGAAUGCCAAAGGAAUGGCUGUUGCCAAAAGGACUGUAAAUUAUCACCAGGCAUCGAAUGUCUUUAUGGUCUUUGCUGUGAGAGAUGUAAGUUGUUAGAAGAGGGAACAGUGUGCAGAGGAGCUGUUUCCGAGUGUGACCUUCCGGAGUACUGCAAUGGGAGCUCUCCUGUUUGCCCGCCAGACGUCCAUAAACAAGAUGGAAUGCCUUGUAGCAACAGUAACAGCUGUUUUAUGGGGAAUUGCAUUGACCUCCACAAACACUGCACAUCUCUUUUUGGCCAAGGUGCAAAACAGGCCCCACUGAGUUGUUUCAAGAAAGUGAAUAUGCGAGGCGACCAGGCUGGCAACUGUGGCAAGGAUGGACUAAAAUACAGGAAAUGUUAUGAAGAAGAUGUUCUUUGUGGAAGGCUCCAGUGCACUCAUGUUAAUAAAAUUCCCAAAAUGUUAACAGGACAAAGUGUAGUUCAGACUCCAGUGGAAGGUACAAUCUGCUGGGGUUUUGAACUUCAUCUUGGCCAGCAUGUUUAUGAUCUUGGAGCAGUGAGAGACGGAACAACCUGUGGAACUGACAAGAUAUGCAUGAACAGAUCUUGUGUUGACCGGGCCGUUUUGAAUUAUGACUGUGAUUUUUCAAAAUGUAGCAACAGAGGGGUGUGCAACAGCAAGAGAAACUGCCAUUGUUCUUAUGGAUGGGCCCCUCCCUUCUGCUCUGGCAGAGGGUUCGGUGGGAGCAUUGACAGUGGGCCGCCUCCGAGUAAUGUGAUGGCUACCAGUCUUGUCACUGUGACGGGCACCCUGGCUGGGUUGCUUCUCCUUGCUCUGGGUUUUGUUGCCACACUUAAGAGAAUGCAAUUGGGGGCUUGGUUUGCUAGAGUGAUCUGGAAAAGAAUAGGAUCAGGAGAUACAGGAUCACAAGCAAGCCUCGGGUCAGAAUGUAGCAUGUCACUGAAAAGCCAAGAGUCGGGCUUUGACAUAACAACUGAAACUAGAGUGUGCUGCUAGACAGAAGAAAAUAACAGGUGCUCCCAAGAGAGAUGUAUUGUGUCUCAUCAAUUUCCUCAGUGUUGUUUGGUCUGCUUGAAGCUUUUCUGUUGUUGAAUCUUUGUUUUUUUGCCUUCCCACACUUCAAAUAAAAUGAGCUCCCUCUUUUGAACAUUGCA